CGGUCCCGGUGUGUGGCUGUCUUGUCACGGGAAACAAUUAUUGGACGUCCCUGCAACUUCCUCUGUCCCGCCUGCCCCCGUCGAUUCGCCUUCCAGUGUCGCUUGGCUGCGCACCUGCGCUCCCACACCAACUUCCGGCCUUUCACCUGCCCUGACUGCGGUCGAGCCUUCACCCAGCGCGGCUACCUCGUGCGCCACGCUGCUGUGCAUGCCAACGAGCGGCCCUUCGCCUGCACCCUCUGCGACCGCGCCUACAAGCACUAUGGGUCACUGGUGAACCACCGUCGGACGCACACCAAGACUCCCGAUGCGGAGUCGACCAGCAAAUCGAAGGUGUGUGUGCGGGAUGCAUUUCUUCCCAUUGCUCGGAAGGGACCCGGUGUGUACUUAUGUUUUUUCCAUCCUGCAUUUUCAGCAGGUCGCCACCACCAAUUCCUUCGGCCACAGGUACGCGCCAACGAUGGCACCAGCCGGUGCGCCACCGCUGUCCGCGUGGGCCUCUGUGGCCGCCCAGUCCCUUGGCGGAGGUGCGACCGCCGCUGUCGCCUUCCCCUUCCCCGCCACCGCUUGUCCACCAACCUCGCACCAGCAGCAGCAGCACCACCACCAACAAUCCUUCUUUUUCCGUUCUCCCUUCGGCCAUCUGCCCACACCCCAGUGACAGCCUGCGUCUUUCAUUGCCCUUCUCUCAUUCUUUCGUUAAUGUCUAGCCUCUACGCGCACAUGCAUACAUAUUUUAUGUACAUAGCUAAUACAAGUGGGUCUGUUUUCUGUUCUACGAUGCGUCUUUCACCAUUCGCAUUGUGA